AGAAGGGAAAGAAGAGAUGGAGAGCUGGUGAAUCUGUUCAGUCUCUGCCAUUUUCCAGGCAAAAAGAAGAAUCAAGUUUGCAAAGAUAUGGGUUUUAGAAGAAUUUGGAAUGUGAAUUGGGGGGUAAACAUGAAGUUGAUGCGGAAAAUGAGACGAACAUUCUCAGUUUCAAGUCAAUCUGCAGUUGAUUUUGCUUCAAAAGAUGGUGAACUUAGGGUCUUCAUUGUUGCUGGGGAGGUUUCUGGUGAUACAAUUGGGUCCCGUGUAAUGGGUUCUCUAAUAAAGCUUUCUCCUUUGCCUGUUCGUUUUGCUGGUGUUGGAGGGAAGAUGAUGUCUAAGCAAGGGUUGAAUCCUUUGUUCCCGAUGGAGGAUAUUGCAGUAAUGGGCAUUUGGGAGUUGCUGCCGUAUCUUAAUCAGUUUAGAGUUAGGCUCAAGCAAACUAUAGAAGCUGCUCUUUCUUUUAAGCCUCAUGUCGUACUCACUGUAGACGCUAAAGGAUUUUCCUUCCGUUUCCUAAAGCAUCUGAGGGCUGCUUGUGUUCAACAGGGGAUGGUUAGCCCGCUGCACUUCCAUUAUGUAUCACCAUCAUUUUGGGCCUGGAAAGGCGGUGAAGCAAGACUUAAAGGACUUCUUCACUUUGUGGAUCAUGUAUUAUGCAUUCUUCCAUUUGAGGCAGAAGUCUGUAGAUCAAAUGGCGUAGCAGCAACCUUUGUUGGUCAUCCCACCCUUGAAGAUAUUCCGGAAUGCCAGGGGAAGGAUGCCACUGAAAGAAGAUACAGAAUUGAAGGAAAUGCUGAAGCAUUUCUAACUGGUUAUGGAAUAUCAUCGGGAUCCCCAGUUAUUUCCUUGCUUCCUGGAAGUAGAUUACAGGAGGUUACUCGAAUGUUCCCCAUAUUCUCUAAAAAUUUGGAGCAAUUAAAAGGUUCUUUUCCGAACUUGGUAGCAGCAGUUCAUGUGGCACCUAAUCAACAUGUGGAAGACUACAUCAGUAAAGCUGUUCGUAAGUGGCCAUCAUCUGUUGUAUUGGUUUCUGGAGGAUCACACCAGAUGAAAUACGAUUCAUUUAGUGCUAGCAGUGUAGCACUAUGUACUUCAGGUACAGUUGCAAUGGAGAUGCAGCUUGCACGACUGCCAUGUGUUGUUGCAUAUCGAGCCCAUCUCCUGACAGAAUGGUUCAUACGUUACAAAGCUAUUAUACCAUACAUCUCUCUUCCUAAUAUUCUAUUGGAUUCAGCCGUAAUUCCUGAAGCUCUAUUCCAGGAAUGCACACCUUCGAAAUUGGCAUCAUUGCUCAAGGAUUUAAUACUUGAUGACAACCUUCGAGAAAAACAAAUUAUUGCUGCGGAAAAGGUUAUUAAGCUGCUAAGGCCUCCAGAGAUUAGCUUUGGUUGCUCAACCCGGGUGGAGAUGAGUGUUCCGUUUUCUGAUUGUACACCAAGUAUGGUUGCAGCAUAUGCAGUACUGUAUUAUCAGAGGAAGCUGGAAUAAGAUUUUUGUUCUAAUUCAAGUGGUUGUCAUAAGCAAAAUGGAGAUAAGAUGCAGGCGG